AUGCUUCUCUUAGAUUACCAGAACGUUUUAAUUGAGUCACUCCUGACCGAGCGCUUCUCUGGAGCGGCCCCGGUCUCCAUUGACCAGGUGGUUUCCGACUUCGAUGGAGUGACCUUCCACCUCUCGACCCCCGAGUCCAAGUCCAAGAUCCUCAUCUCGAUCAACGUGAAAUGCUUCAAGGAACUGGUUCAGUACGGCGCCCAGGAGGUGCUGGAAAGAGAAUACGGUCCCUACAUUGUUUCUCCCGAGCCAGGGUAUGACUUCUCGGUACAGAUCGAUCUGGAGAACUUGCCCGCCGAGGAGGAGGCUCGCAGUGAACUUAUUAUGAAGCUUGCUCUCCUGAAGCGCAACGCGAUGGCCGCUCCGUUUGAGAGAGCGUUCGAUGAAUUCAACAAGCUUGCCGAGGAGGCUUCGCAAUACACAUCGGAGUCCGCGCCUCAAGGUGUCAAGGAGGGCGGCGAGGUUAUGGCUAUUCACUACCGCGAGGAGGAGGCUAUCUACAUCAAGGCCAACUGGGAUCGAGUCACUGUCAUCUUCAGCACCGUCUUCCGGGAGGAGACUGAUCGGAUCUUCGGCAAGGUCUUCUUGCAGGAAUUCGUUGACGCCCGCCGUCGUGUGUUGACACUACAGAACGCCCCUCAGGUCCUUUUCCGUAACGACCCUCCCCUUGAGCUGGCCGGUGUGCCUGGCCUCAGCCCAAAGGAGGGUGAAGUUAGCUACGUCACUUUUGUUCUGUUCCCCCGACACUUGACUGCCCAGCGUCGUUAUGAGAACAUCUCUCAUAUCCAGACCUUCCGUGACUACUUCCACUACCACAUUAAAGCCUCAAAGGCCUACAUUCACACUCGAAUGAGAAAGAGAACAGCAGACUUCUUGCAAGUGCUUAACCGUGCUCGACCCGAGAAUGAGGAGCGUGAGCGCAAGACCGCCAGUGGUCGUACGUUCCGGGUGCAGGGUUAA